AUGGCGCCAACACGUUCCCUCCGCCGCGCCCCACCCCGACAGGCCAAGGAGCGGUCGACGGCUGCGGCUGCGUCGCCCCGCCCGGCAGGGCUCGGGGCCCGUCCACAGCGUCCACAGCGAGUCACACGAAGCUCUACUGCGGCCACGCGCCCGCCGCCCCCGCCCUCACCUUCGCCCCCGCCCUCACCUUCGCCCUCACCUUCGCCUUCGAGCGAACAUGACCGGUCGCCGCCGCUCCUCGGCAAACCCCGUGCCACGUCGCGCCUGGCUCGGAACCCCAGGAGCGAUCGUCCGCCCUUGGCCACCUUGGGCUCGCAGGGCGUAACCAAAAAUCGAGGCCGGCGUCACACACCCGUCGGAGCCAGCAAUAUCCACGACGGCAAUGCUGCACGUCCAGCUGCUGGUAAAUCUGCGGGCCCGUCGUCCCGGCCAGUCACGACGGACGAGCCCGCAGAGCUGAGCCCAGGUGCUCGCCAUCUGCCAUGGAGUGAACUCCCUUACAUGAUCCUGGUCGAUGUCUUCUCGUUUGCCGCCGGCCCGUUAGACGAUAACGCAUCGGUGCGCUGGUUGGUAGAGGCAAGCACCACAUGCCGCUCAUUUGCCGAGCCAGCGCUGACGGCCUUGUACCAAAAUCCACCACUGCUCAGCCUGGCCAUGGCACAUGGCUUCGCCGAUCUCUUGUCUCUGCCUCCUUCCGUCACCAUGUUUUCCUACCGCCAAAAGGUCAGGUCCCUCUCCAUCGAUGUCGAUUCCAUAGCUGCAUUGACCUUCAAAGGUCAGAAGCUUGAUGUCGGUCGCAUGGUCCUCCAGUGUUACCAGCUGGCCGAGCUGGACUUAUUCCGCGAAAAUGACAUGCCGCCAUAUCGGGCGCUGGACGAUCCCCUCCGAUGGGCAUAUCCUCGCCCGCUUUUGGACUAUCUCGCUUACGGCAACAUGCCCGAAUUGACGUCCGAGUCUCUCCCGGAGUCUUCUGCCGAGAAUAAGCACCGGCUCCCACUCAUGCGGGCCUGGCGAUGGAGCGCAAAAAUGAUGGGUCCUGAGCUCGACUUGGACCAAAUAAAGUCGAUCCAUCUCUCUCACGGGUUCUCUAGCUUGCGCAAGAUAACUUUUGUCAACUUCCAACAACCGUCGAUCAAACUGAAGAACGCCGAUGACUCUCGGAUCGCUUGCGUGGACCAGGAGCAUGCCGCUGGCUUUGCGGAGCUUAUCGAGGCGCUUCCAGCGCUGUCACAUCUCGUCCUCGAAUCAUGCGGCGUUGCAAAUCAAUAUCUUUUGCCUCUCCUCCCACCGCGUUUGAAGAACCUGGAGCUCAUCAAUUGCCGGGAAGUCACUGCGGAUGCACUCGCCGAUUUUCUUGCCUCGCACGGCCACGAUCUACGGCAUCUCACUCUCAAUCACAACCAAUCACUGAACUUAUCUUUUCUCCCCCUCCUUGGAUCCUGCUGUCCGAAGCUUCAAACACUGCGAAUCAACCUUGCAUGCUAUUCGGAACACAUAACCAUCAAUAGCUCGAACCCUUUGUACGAGGAGUUGCUGCUGCCAAGCCAAGUUCCAACAUGGCCCCGAAGCAUCCAGAUCGUGGAGAUACAAUUCAUGCGUAAGUGGACGCCGGAAGCAGCAGAGGUAUUCUUCGCGUCCUUGAUAGACCAUGCGCCAAACAUGCCGGACCUUCGCCGGCUUUGUCUCGGAGCAAUGCUGGAUAUCCCUUGGCGACAGCGGUGCGAGAUCAGAGAGACUUGGGAGAUGCGAUUCAAACGAUGCUUUGCCCGGAAGUCAACGUCUCCAAGGCCCUGGAAGUCCCUAGCCGACGUGACGCUCGCGCAUGAACCCGAAGUGCAGCCGCGCAGGAAGACAAAGCGCAGGCCCCUGGCCGAACAUAGCGGUCCAUCACGCCGCAGCGGGCGGAUAUCGGCACAGGAAUCCGGUCAAUCCUCACGUGCUAGCAGCGUCGCGCGGGGACUGAGGAGGCUCCAUCGCGGCCACGUCUCCUACCGAGAGCCAGACAGCGACGAGGACAUGGGCGAAGCACCCGAGGAGGAGCAGGAGGGCGAGGAUGCCAUGAUGGGAGGCACCGAUCUUGGUGUGCCGUCGCCAGCCUCCGACAUCUCUCUGGAGUUCGUCCAGGGGCUCUGCGAGGUGGUCGAUCUCCGGUUCGACAACCAGAGACCCAUUGAAGUGCAGUUCCACAUGGACGAUUUCCUGGAUUACCUCGAGGGGUGGGAGGAUCGGGAUGCCGAUGUCGAUUGGAACGACGAUGCCGAUUGGAAUGACGACCUGUACACCUAG